CCCUUCACAGCUGAUGAUGACCAACCCCGUAGUUGCCAGCGCUACGGAACUUAGCUAGCAGCUAGCGUUUUAGCAGCGUCGUUAAAAUUUGUACGAUGUGUUUGCCACGAAUACACCACUUUUUCCGUUAGUAUGUAUAUUAAGAAGACGCGCGGACCCUGUAUAUGUAUCCCGACAGCUUUGUGGGGCUUGAGGACCGCGGGAACGUCGUCGCUGCUCACUAGUGUCUGACAGGAGAGGUGCGUUCAGCUCGGCUAGCAGGCUAGCUAAAACACAGCCUUGUUAGCUGUCUGUUUUGUUAUUUUUGGGGGGGAACUACUUUGUUUUUCAUUGACUGCCUUUUUGUACAACAAGCCUUGUUCAAGUGGAAUCAUUCUAUGGGAGCCCCAGGUGAGAGCUUGACUUGAGACCUUGCGGGCGAUUAUGUUUACAGUUUUCUCCAUUGCAUCAUCUGACCGGUCAUACAAUUUUACACCACAAAACAAGUCUCCGCUUGACAACAGUAUGAUCACUUCUGCUGACCCCACCCAGCAUAUUGGGACAAGAACCCCCCCAAAUCAAGCGCUUCAAAUGAUAUGAUAGUAGCAUCCUGGAUCACUUUCUGUGCCUGCAGGAGCCUUGCACAGGUUCUCCUCUCUCUGUCCUCAAAUUCCCUUCAUCCAUUCUGGGAGACCCUUACUAGUGUGGUCUUCGACACUGGAACCAUGGGUAACAGCUGCGUGUGCCGAGACGAUAGUGACGUGGAGGACCAUCAUCACGGGUCGACCAGGGCGACUCGAGGACCGGCUCGGCGGGUGGAUCACAGCACAGUGGUCGGCAUAGAUGCUGCAGAGGCGAGAAGCAGCCGGCCCAGAGAUCCGGUCAGACCACCACGCCGUGGACGGGGACCCCAUGAGCCCAGACGGAAGAAGCAGAAUGUGGAUGUCCUGGUGCUGGACACCUUGGCUGUAAUCAGAACACUUGUAGACAAUGAUCAAGAGCCGCCUUAUUCCAUGAUUACCCUUCAUGAGAUGGCAGAAACAGAUGAUGGUUGGCUGGAAGUCGUCCAGUCGUUGAUACGAGUAAUCCCUCUGGACGAUCCGCUGGGUCCUGCAGUCAUCACUCUCUUACUGGACGAGUGUCCUCUGCCAACCAAGGAUGCUCUCCAGAAGCUCUCCGACAUGUUGAACCUGAGCUCGGCGGUGGCGAAGCAGCACGCUCUCAGCCCCGCUAAACACAGAAACACCACAGCGGUUCUGGGAUGCCUGGCAGAAAAGCUUGCUGGACCAGCCAGUGUUGGGUUGCUGAGUCCAGGAACCCUUGAGUAUCUUCUGGAGAGCCUGAGCUCUGAGGCUCAUCCGACUGUCAUGCUGUUUGCUCUCAUCGCACUGGAGAAGUUCUCCCAGACCAGUGAAAACAAGCUGACGGUGUCUGAGUCUUCGAUCAGUGAUCGACUCGCCGUCCUGGAGUCGUGGGCCGACCACUCCGAUUACCUGAAGAGACAGGUCGGGUUCUGUUCACAGUGGAGUCUUGACAAUCUGUUUCUGAAAGAGGGUCGCCGUUUUACAUAUGAAAAGGUCAACUUGACCAAUAUCAACGCCAUGCUCAACAGCAACGACGUCAGUGAGUACCUCAAGAUCUCCCCGACCGGACUUGAGGCACGAUGUGACGCUUCAUCCUUCGAGAGCGUGCGCUGCACCUUCUGCGUGGAUUCUGGCGUUUGGUACUAUGAGGUGACGGUUAUUACGUCAGGAGUCAUGCAGAUCGGAUGGGCCACCAAGGACAGCAAGUUCCUGAACCAUGAGGGCUAUGGGAUCGGCGAUGAUGAAUAUUCGUGUGCCUACGAUGGCUGCAGGCAGCUCAUCUGGUACAACGCUCGCAGUAAACCUCAUUCUCACCCCUGCUGGAAGGAGGGAGAUGCCAUUGGCUUCUUGUUGGACCUCAGUAAAAAGCAAAUGAUCUUUUAUCUUAACGGGAAUCCACUGCCGCCAGAAAAACAAGUUUUCUCAUCGGCCACGUCUGGUUUCUUUGCGGCAGCCAGCUUCAUGUCUUACCAGCAGUGUGAGUUUAACUUUGGAUCCAAGCCUUUCCGUCACCCGCCCUCAGUCAAGUUCAGCACCUUCAACGACUUUGCCUCCUUACUGGCCAGUGAAAAGAUCAUCUUACCAAGACACCGGCGUCUGGCCUUACUGAAGCAAGUGAGCAUCCGAGACAACUGCUGCACGCUGUGCUGUGAUGUCAUGGCUGACACAGAACUGCGGCCUUGUGGACACGGUGGUAUGUGUAUGGAGUGUGCCUUACAGUUAGAGACGUGCCCCCUGUGCCGCCAAGACAUCCAGACACGCGUCAGACUCAUUGCACACGUCUCCUGACACAGUACACGCCCGUCGUCCCACACAGAGACACGCACGAGGUGCAUAGUUUCCUGAGAGUCUCCUCGGAUGUCGUGAGGAAGGUGCCAUAGUGACGGUAGCAAAAUAGUAAGUUCUGGGAUACGGAGGAGUUGGCGACAGCGCGAUGGAGAAAAGAAAGACGGCAGAGAAGAAGAGGGGAAGUCGGACUGCGAUUGAAUCCCAAAAAGCUUUUUCCUCGUUUGCUUCAGUCUCCUCUUUUGUAGUAUCUGAUAACGCCUUGCAGAAGCCGCGCCAAGAAUCAACAACUUUUUACUAACCGUUUGUUUUUCAGACGCGUGGAGCAGAGACUAUUGAAGCCGAGUAGGAUUCCACUGCACUUCCAGUCUAGAGGCUACUUCUAUUUAAUCCCGUCUCCAUCCUGCAUGUGUCAGAGAUCCCGACAGACCGGGCAUCUCAAGAGAACACAGCCUGUAGUUACAGUAUUAAAUGCAAGGUACAGAUACAAUUGAGAUGUCACUUGUUCCUGUUUCUGGCUAUAGUUGGUAUAACUUUCAUGGUAGCAUCUUCAUUCUCAUUUCCAACAUCUUUGGCAGCUUAACUGUCUGUGUUGGUGGACGGCCCAUUGCUCGGGCGCGUUAUAGGAAAAAAUAAAUCACUGCUGGACGAAAUAUCAGAAUUUUGUUUUUGGUGUUUAAAAAUGUACAUUUUCUGAUUCAUUUUACAAAAAUUGUCGAACUUUAAUCGCUGUUCGGCAGUAGGACUCCAAUGACGUACAAUUUUCCAUGGCUGUUAGACCUAAAAGAUCUUUUGUGCUUUUUACUCAGAUGUUCUUUCCAUAAAUCUUAUCGAUGAUUAGAAAAAUAAAGGGGUUUCAAAUUUCAAAAUGCCCCCCAAAAAUUCCUGUUUACUUUCAAAUAUUGCUUUUUUGUGUGCGCUAAAUGUUAAAUUUAGCCUCAACAUGAGCAAACCUACUGUUUAGGACCAAAAAGACAGAACUGUUUUCAUUUUGAAUGAAGAUCAAACAUGCGUCUUUGUGGAACACCGUUUUAGUCACGUUAAUCUACUGUCCCUUUACUCAAGACUACUUAUAAAAAAUGUAUUUUGAUGUCUGAAUUGGCACUGAAACACUGAACAAUUUAGCUAAUAAUAAAAAUAAAAUAAAAGCUGAUAGCUUGAUGAGUAUGAAGCAGUUCAAAGGAAACCAUUUGCAUGCAAUUCUGCAGAUUAAAAGUUUUUUUUCGUGAAUUGGCAAAGACUUUAUCAAAAUAUGGUUCCCCUCUUUGUGCUCAGAACACCAUCAUUUCCCUUUCCUAUUCACAGCCUUCUUUUUUUCGUUUACUGUUUACUUGAAGCAUCUGCAAGGUUUACGGAACCGGAUCUCGGACACAUGACAUAAACAAAUGUACGAACGGUUGUCCUUCAGGAAAACUUCAGUGCAACUUAAUUACGUUCUUGCAUUUCCUAUUUCGCAGUCCCAACUGAUUUUAAAAUGCAUCGUUGUUUAUGGAAGAGCCAAAUAGCAUGAACAGCAUUUAUAAAAUCAGUCAGAUUUUAAUCGAAUGGUCUCUAAAUAAAAAUAAUAUGCAUCUCUUAGUACAACAAACGCUGCUCGUCAUUUGUUACUGUGUCCUCGAGCACCUUGCACAUGGAGGUAUGAGCUUAGUUGUCUUUGUGGUUCAAGAUGAAGUUCAGGAUUUCUUUAUAAGUUGUGAACUGUAUUUAAAACUUCUAUGAAAAGAAUUGUGUCCCAUACCUCCCAAAGAUGUGAUUUAUCAAAGAGUUGUUGUUUUCUGGUUUGUGAUAUUUGUAAUAAAUGUAUGUCAAUGUGA